CACGAGCGCGCGCGAGAAUUCCGGAGCUUCUCCGCUGAGCGAGCAGUGUCUGGUUUUCCCGGAUCCUUACCGGGAUGUGCGCUGUGGUCAGCCAGCUCAAGACCGUCAGGCUGCGGGCCUUGCGCAGCGCACAGAAGUUCGGCGUGGCGGGCCGGAGCUGCCAGGAGCUGCUGCGCAAGGGCUGCCUGCGCUUUCAGCUCCCCGUGCAGGGCUCUCGGCUGUGCCUGUACGAGGAUGGCACCGAGGUGACUGAAGACUACUUUCCGGGCAUCCCCGAUGACGCCGAGCUCGUGCUGCUCACCGAGGGCCAGACAUGGCAGGGCUGUAAGUGGCAGCUUCACUGGACUGAAUGCAUUUCUGUUUGUUCCCUGCUGGUGGCAGAUGUGAGUGACCUCAGUCGCUUCCUCAGCAUGUUUCACAAGGCGCAGGCUGGGGUCAUUGAAGCUGCACGGCAGCUGCUUUCUGGCGAGAGGGCCCCCCUGAGGCAGAAGCUGCUGGCCGACCUCCUGCACACUGUCAGCCAGAACAUCGAGGCUGAGACCCGAGCCCAGGACCCGCCCUGGUUUGAAGGCUUGGAGUCCCGAUUCAGAAGCAAGUCGGGCUACCUACGAUACAGCUGCGAGAGCCGGAUCCGGAGUUACCUGAGAGAGGUGAGCUCCUGUUCCCGAGUGCUGGGCGCAGAAGCKCGUGAGGAGUACUUACGGAUCCUUGGUGCCAUGUGCCAGAGGCUCAGGUCUGCGCAGUACAAUGGCAGCUACUUUGACCGAGGAGCUGAGGCCGGCAGCCGUCUCUGCACGCGGGAAGGCUGGUUCUCCUGCCAGGGCCCCUUUGACCUGGACAGCUGUGCGUCAAAGCACUCCAUCAACCCCUACAGCAACAGGGAGAGCCGGGUCCUCUUCAGCACCUGGAACCUGGAUCACAUAAUAGAGAAGAAGCGCACCAUCGUGCCCACACUGGCUGAGGCCAUCCAGGAACAGGGCGGGAGAGAGGUGGACUGGGAAUACUUCUACAGCCUGCUCUUCACCUCAGAGAACCUCAAGCUGGUGCACAUCGCCUGCCACAAGAAGACCACCCACAAGCUCGAGUGCGACCCUGGUAGGAUCUACAGAUCCCAGAAGAGGCCAAAGAGGCGGCGGCCUGCUCGAAAGUGCCGGUGACCCGGGUGCCGAGUCCUUUACCCUCCACAAGGCCCAACUGUGCCUAACAGUAACAGGUGCGAUUUUGUAUUUUGUCCUCACUCCAGUGGUUCCUGGAAGAAAACUUCUUCAAACCUGAUUUCAGUACAGUUCAGAGUCUGUUUCCUCUGCCAGAGGACAUCUUUUGGGUGCUUGCUGGGCGCUUGUGUCAGGGAGUCAUGCUGAGCUCUGGCCUUUGGCACUGAUCCGCAAGCACUGCAUGUGCUCCUGUGGCAGUCUCCACGCUCAUAAGGCCCCACAGCUGAGCCUGGCUGCUUCUGUGCCUCAGUUUUGUGCUGGUCUCCAUUUAAAUGGCAGUUCCAUCUCUGGAUCCUUUUAAAAGCCCCAGAGAGAGAUGUGUUGCUUCUGGGGUAAAAGUCUGUGCUCCAUGGAGAACUGCAGGGUUACUGCUGYGAAUUAUUUAAAACUUUCCAAAUGUCUCAGUGGGGAAUAGCUGAGUGGCAUUAUGUUGGACCUUGCAAGCUUGCUUUUUUUUUAGGUAAAAAAUGGUUGGAUGUCAUUAAUUUCAUGAUUUGACCUAAUGCAUGUACAUAGUGCAAAACUGUAAUAGCUUUAAGUGUUUGUAAGUGUUCAUGUGUAGAAAUGGGAAGCUGUUGAGUGCACAGGGGGCUGGCUAUGCAGAGUAUGACCUAUUGGUUUUUUUUUUUUAUAUGUAUUUUUUUGUUGUAAGUGGACA